UGCUGAGAAUCAACAUGGCUUCCACACAGCACCUUCAGAGUUUCACCGAAGAGACAACUUGUCCAAUUUGUCUUGAUUUUUUCACAGAUCCUGUAAUACUGGAGUGUGGACACAACUUCUGCUGCUCCUGUAUCACCCAAAGUUGGGAAAAGAAGGGGACAAACUCCUGCCCGGAAUGUAGAAAGCAGUUUCCGGAAAGAAACCUCACGGUAAAUCGGGCCUUAGCAAAUCUGGCCGAGAAAGUUCGACAUUUAAAUCUGAACCCGAAAGACGAGAAAAGCAAACUUUACUGUGAAGAUCAUCAGGAAGAACUGAAGCUGUUCUGUGAAACUGACAAGAAAUUGAUCUGUGUGAUCUGUCGAGAUUCGCGGAAACACAAAGAGCACCACUUCAUUCCGAUUAAAGAAGCUGUUGAAAAUUAUAUGGACCAGCUGAAAUCUUCAUUAGAUUCUCUCAGGAAGAGGAAAUCAUCAGUUCUACAAAUGGAACUGAACCAGAAACGGAAGAUUUCUGAAAUGAAGGAAAAAGCGAGCAGUCUGCAGACCCACAUCACAUCCGAGUUCACUAAAAUGCGCCAGAUUGUCACUGAAAAAGAGCAGCGUUUCCUCGGAGAUCUCAGGGAAGAAGAGAAGAGGAUUCUAGAAGCAAUGGAGAAAAACCUUCGAGAGAUUCAGGAUAAUUUAAAUUCUAUUGACGAGACUCUCGUAAAGUUGCAGAAACAGAUGGAGGAAAAAGACGAAAUGACAUUUCUGAAGGAGGAAGCUUGCUGUGAGACAAGGAUUACUGAGGAAAAUCAAGCACUUUCAAUAGCUGAUGGUGCACUGUCAAUUGGAAUCUUCAAUGGUCCUUUACAGUAUACAGCAUUGAGAGAAAUGAUUGAUGACAUUAACCUUGUUCCAGCCUCACUGACUUUGGAUCCUAACACAGCGAAUCUCCGGCUCAUUCUGUCUGAAGACCAGACCAGUGUGAGGCUCGGAGACAAACAGCAGCAGCUCUCAGACUCCCCGGAGAGAUUUGAUCCCUGGCCCUGUGUCCUGGGAUCAGAAGGAUUCACGUCAGGGAGACAUUACUGGGAGGUGGAGGUGAGGGAGAAGACUCAAUGGACUAUGGGAGUAGCUAGAGAGUCAAUGGACAGGAAAGGGAGCAUCGGACUGCAGCCUGAGCCUAUAUACUGGAUUGUUGGGCUACUUUAUUCAAGUGAAUAUUUUGCCCUCUGUGCCAACUCACUGAGGCCUCUCACACUGAGCAUUACACCCCAAAAGAUCGGUGUUUUCCUGGACUAUGAGGGUGGACAAGUGUCAUUUUAUAAUGCAGACAACAUGUCCCAUCUCCACACUUUCACCCACACUUUCAAUGAGAAGAUCUUUCCCAUUUUCUGCCCAGGACUGGAUGAUCAUGGAAAAAAUAUUGCACCACUGGCCAUUUGUGGCAUUAAAGAAGACUGAAAGAUCUGUGCACCAACAUAACUACCACUAAAGUCUCACUAAUCCCAAUUUCCAGCACUUGUCCCAUAUCCUUCAAUGUUAUGAUAUUUAAAGUCCUUAUCCAAAUAUUUUUUAAAGGUUGUAGGGUUUCCGGCCUCCGUUACCUUCCCAGGCAGUACAUUUCAGAUUCCCACUACCCUCUGAGUGAAGGUAUAUAUGUUAGGUAUAGAGAGUGUGAUUAAGUGAUUCCCUUGAGGAGUAUAGGGGGCAUAGGAAUAUCCUUAAGAGAGAAAUCAGGAAGGCAAUAAGAAGCAUGAGAUAGCUUUGACAGAUAAGGGUAAGGAGAAUCCAAAAUAUUCUACAAAUAUAUUCAGUGCCAAAGAGUAACGAGGGAGAGAAUUGAGAUCCUUGAAGAGGAUAUCAAUAAGGCCAUCUACGUGUUGAAACACAGGAGACAGAUGAGAUCCUAAAUGAAUACUUCAGUUCAGUCUUUAUUGUAGAUAAAGUUAUGGAAACUAGGGAAUUUAGGGAAGUAAAUAUUGAUGUCUUGAAAACAGUCCACAUUACAGAAGAGGAGGUGUUGGAGGUCUUAAAAUGCAUAAAGGUAGAUAAAUCCUCAGACCCUGAUUGACUAUAUCCCAUGACAUUGUUUGAAGCUAGGAAAGAAAUUAUGGGGACCCUAGCAGAGAUGUUUGUAUCAUCGACAGCCAGUGCUGGAAGACUGGAAGGUGGCUAAUGUUGUGCCAGUAUUUAAAAAAGGCUUCAAGGAAAAGCCAGGGAACUACAGCCUGGUGAGCGUGAUGUCACUGGUGGUUAAGUUGUUGGAGUGAAUUCUGAGAGACAGGAUCUACAUGAUUUGGAAAGGCAAGGAUUGUUUAGGGAUAGUCAACAUGGCUUUGUGCAUGGGAAAUAAUGUCUCACUAACUUUAUUGAGUUUUUUUGAAGAGGUGGCCAGGUAGAUAGAUGAGAGGAAAAGCAUAGACUUUGUCUACAUAGACUUCAGCAAGCCCUUUGACAAUGUUCCACAUGAAAGAUUGGUCCAAAAGGUAACAGCUCAUGGUAUCUAAGGCAAGUUGGCAAACUGGAUCCAAAAUGGGCUUACCACAGGGUUCAGCACUGAGACCCUUCCAAUUUGUCAUUUACAUCAACAAUUUGAAUAUGAAUGUAGAACUUAUAAUUAGUCACUUUGCAGUUGACAUGAAAAUGAGGAGGAUCAUCUCAGGUUACAGUCUGACAUUGAUCAGCUGGUAAAUUGGGCAAAGCAAUGACAGAUGGAAUUUAUUCCGGAUAAAUGUGAAGUGAUGCAUUUUGGGAGGCCCAAUAAGGGAAGGACAUACAGAAUGAAUGAUAGUACCCUUCGUAGUACUUAGAAACAAUGGCACUGUGGUGUCCAAGUCCAUAGAUUCCUGAAUGUACCAGCACAGGUAGAUAGGGUGGUGAAGAAGGUUUACAAGAUCUUGCCUUCAUUAGCUGAGGUGUAGAAUAAGGAGCAAGGUAUUCUUACUGCUUUUGGAAUACUGUGUGCAGUUCUGUUUGUCACACAAUCAGAAGGUCGUGAUUGUGCUGGACAGGGUGCAGGAGAGAUUUACCAAGAUAUUGCCCGGGAUGAAAAGUCUCAGUUUUGAUAAGAGACUGGAUAGGCUCGGUUUGAUUUCCUUGAAGCAGAGGAGGCUGACACGGUAUUUGAUUGACUAAUACCAAAUUGUGAGAGGUAUAGACAGAGUAGAUCAUGAGAAUCUCUUCCCAUAGCAGACGUGUCUCAGACCAGAGGGCAUAAGUUUAAGGCAAGGAGUAAGUGGUUUACAGGAAAUUUGAGAGAGAAGUUUUUCAUCCAGAAGUUGGUAGAAAUAUGGAACGUGCUGCCUGAGAAGCAUCUGGAUUAGUGCUUAAAAUGCCAGGGCCUAGUAGGCUAUGGACCAAUUGGAGGUAAAUGGGAUUAGUGCAGUUUGGUGUUUGUUGGUUGGCAUAGACAUGAUAAGCCAAAGGGCCUAUUUCUAUGCUGUAUGACUCUGACUCUAAGCUUACUGCUCUUCACAUCCUCAAAGGAGGCUGCCUUGAAAAAUAGUCUAAGUUUGUUUAUAUUUUUGUGAGACCUGGAAGAGCAAAGCCAACAAACCAACCCUAAUCAAUGCUAAUCCUAUUUCUUAUACUCAGCCAUCUGUUGUGUCAUGCCAUCUGUUGAUUGAUUGCCCACCCCAUACCUUGACUUUUCUUCAUUUCUGUGUCAGAUUAAGUCAACUGAUUUCAAACACAAGGGCAAAUGCCGUUCUGGUGCCUGCACUCUCCCGGCCACAUAAAGUCGUAGGUUCAUACAGCACGGAAAUAGACCAUUUAAUCCAACUCAUCAAUGCCAAGUUUCCCAAAUUAAACUAGUCCCACUUGACUGUGUUUGGCCCAUAUCUGUCUAAACCUUUCCUAAUCAUGCACCUGUCCAAAUAUCUGUUAAAUGUUGCAACUGUACCUGCAUUUAUCACUUCCUUCAGCAGUUCAUUCCACAUAUACUGUGAAAAGCCGGGUUUAAUGAUUUAAUACAUUUGUGAUAAUGGACAAGCAGUGGAUAAUCUCCAGUUAUUGAGAUCUCAACACCAUAACUCUUUUGGUUAAUAAUGUAAAUUGUUCACAACCCAUCGUCAGAGAAACUAUAGUCCUGCAUCUCUAAUCUUUCCAGUUCUCCUGUAGGUAUUGAAACCAAAUUCCUGACACCACCGAUCUAUUACUUUGCCACUUCCUUCAUUUUAUUUCCCAAUAACUUUUUGAUUUGUGUUCUGUCUGCUUCACAUCCACUCAUUAUUCUUAUUUCAAAUUGUGAGCAGUUCCGAUUGACAUUCUCUUCUCUAUUAUCACUCAACGUAAUUUGACCUAAGUUCUGAAUAUCUAUGUAAGCUGUCCAUUUUUAAUCCACUGAAAGACCCACUAUAACAUUGUUAAUGAUUGAGAUCAAUGUUUUGUAUUAACAAGUUAAUUAAAAGUGACACCGUAAGGGAAUAAAAACUAUGUGACCAGGCUGGGACUGACAUUCAAUAUGACCACGCCUGAUCCUUUUUCUCAGCUUCACUUUCAUUUCCAUUUCCCUCAAUACAUUAAAACAUACAAAAUCUGUCCAUCUCUGCCUUCAGUAUGUUGAACAUUGGAGUCUUCACAAUUCUUGUAUGUAGAUAAUUCCAAAGAUUCACAAUCACGAGUAAAAGUACUUCUGUCUAUUUCAGAUCUAAAUAAUCAGGGCCUUAUGCCAGAGUGUUUUAGACUCCCUAAUCAGGGGAACAAUCUCAGGGUCUACACAGUGAAGCCCUUUCAGAAUCUUUUACGUUUCAAUAAACUAAGUACCCAUUGGCCUAAACUCCAUGAAGCAGAGGCCUAAUUUACUCAGCCUAUCAUGGAUGGCCCCAUUGUAACAGGAACCAAUUUCACUGUAGCAACUGGGUGACAGCUUUCAAAAAUAGAUUGUGUUUCAUUUAAAACAUUGUGUUCUAAUGAAUUCUAAUCCAUGAAAUAAACACAUUAUAUGUCUCCACUUCA